GUGAACAGGACCUCUUUCUCUCCCUCUUGAUCCUAGAUUGCAGCGGCUUGCUUUUCAACAGUGCCUCUAGUGCUCAUCUGAAAGAUUCUUCUAAGCCCAUACCCGCCAUUUCAUCACUGUAGCUCUGCCGCUGUAGUUGUCGAUUAACACAAUGGGCUCCGCGGGCCGUCUGCCUUCGCAGCAACGCCCACUCCUAUCCCAAGCCCUCGAUCGAUUCCACUCCGAAUUGAAGAGCGAUGACGAGGCAAUUCUUGAUGUUGAUAAUGUUGAGGAGCUGCUUGCCCAGGCGAAGGCUAUGGGGCCUGCCUUCCCGGGCAGAAACAAGCUAUCAUCGUUCAAACGCCUUGAGUUAAUCCUGCCACAUAUAAACGAUUUCGCUGCAAUCAUAGCUGUUUGUAGCGGUGCUGAUGCCAAAGCGACGGGUCUGGUAUGGGGCAGCUUGAAAGUCGUCUUCAUGUUAGCAUCUCCCUCGAGCGACACUCUAGAAGACAUUAUCAAUAUGUUAGACGAAUUAAGCCUGUCCCUUCCACGAUUUCGCUCGUAUGAAGAAAAUCUACCAAUAGAUGACGCGCUCGAGUCUGCACUGAUCGAAGUAUACACGGAAAUGACCUGUUUCUGUGCCCGCACAAUUAACUUCUUCCGGAGCAACCCGCAUCGCCCCUUGAUCAAAAUGAGCUGGCCAAAAUUUAACAACGAUUUCAAUCAGACAAUAAAGAGACUGAAAAAGCUAUCCCGCGUCGUUGAUACAAAAGCAGAAGAAGUGCGGCUACGAGAAGACCGCGAGAGGAAUACAGAGCUGCUAUCAGCAAUGGAGCUUAUGAAAAAUACCAAGAUUGCAGACGAGGUGCUGCCGUGCUAUCUCAUACCCUUCGGCGUGGAUGAGCAAUUUCAUGGCAGGCUGGAUAUUUUGGAAAAGAUCCAAAACGGAUUACGCCAUGAGAAUGGGGCUUUAAAAGUCAGUGUAUUAUGGGGAAUGGGCGGCGUCGGCAAAACGAAGAUUGCUCUCCAAUACGUGAACAAAUCCAGACAAGACUUUGACGCGAUUUUCUGGAUUUCCGCAGAUAACUCAAUUAAACUUACGCAAGAUUUCCUCGAAGCCUCCAAGAAACUGCAUCUUUCCCCCAACGUAGAGGAUGCGCAAGAUGCGGUUGCAGCAAUGUCCAAAGUGAAGACGUGGCUUUCUACCACCAAUUGCCGAUGGCUUGUCGUGUUUGACAAUGCCGACGAUCCAGAUAUCUUAUCCAACGCUUGGCCAGGUGCUGCAACUGGAUCUAUCCUCAUCACCUCAAGAGAUUCGACUGCCGCAUUUGGUACUUCUGCCGAGACUAUUCAUGUUCUCCCUUUCGAUGAAAAUACAAGUGUUGAAGCUUUUAUUCGCCUCGUUGGCCGAGAUCCCAGCUCCACCUCUGACAGACAUGCUGCCAGGGAAAUAUCUCGAGCACUGGGUGGCCUACCUUUAGCAAUUAAUCAAAUAAGUGGUUUUAUCGUUCAGCAGAAGUUGGCUCUCAAAGACUUCUUACCACUGUAUCACAAAAAUGCUGCAAAGAUCGAUGCACGAAAGUUGAAGCGAGGGGACUACGGUCACACUCUUAGCACUGUUUGGGGACUUUCCUUGGCGCAAUUAUCCGGUAUAUCAAGUACUUUGCAAAAACUCCUCGCCUUCUUCGAUCCCGAUAAGAUCCACGAGAGUGUGCUCCUAGAGGGUGGUGAGCAUCUUGAGGACGAGAAAUUUGGAUUCCUUAGGGAUGACAUGGAUUUUCUGGAUGCCAAAGAGCCUCUUCUUAAAGCCGCCUUGAUUGAUCGGUCCAGCGAGGCAGAAUCUCUAGCAAUUCAUCGCUUGGUACAAGCAGCAGUGAUGAGACGACUUACUGAGGAGGAGAAGAUUGAUUACUUUGAUGUUGCAAUCACGAUCUUGAGCAAUGGGUUUCCUAACACCUGGAACACGGUCACGAGCCACCAGUUUACGGCCUGGGCGAAAUGCGAACUGUGCUUACCACACGUCAGUUUUCUAAUUGAGAAGACUAAAAAGUAUAGCUUAAAAGCUAGUGAUCCGAAGAUGUUCUUCGAACUCAUUCUCCGAUGUUGCUGGUAUCUCUACGAGCGAGAACACUAUAGUGAGGCACGCCAAUUUAUGAAAACAGCUCUGGAGAAUCUUGAUGAGAAAGACUCUCUUAUGUACGCGAGUGCCGCCAUGCUUGACGGUCUGAUUGAACUUGAUACGAAUAACAUCUCCAAGGCACUUGACUCAUUCCUUCUGGCUUUCAAGAUCAGGCAGCCCCUUAUGGAUCUGGAUGAUCCUUUCAUUGCGUCUAGCCUCAAUGCUCUGUCAAUUGCAUAUACAGAGCUCGGUGACUUCGGCAGAGCCGUAGAAACAGGUCAAAGAGCUAUUGAUAUACGUCUUCGUACCAAAAGCGAUCGAAUCGGUAACUCGUAUAGCAAUAUGGCAAGUACACUCAUGCGAAUGGGCAACGCAAAUGAAGCCGAAGAAAUGCUCAAGAGGUGUCCUUCUCUAAAAGACUUCACCGAUGAAACUUUCUUGCAGACCGGCAACCCCCGUUUCUCUGGGGACAUGGUUCUACUGGCCCGAAUCCGUUUGCAACAAGGUCGGCUUGAUGAUGCGUUACGUCUAAGUUCCAAGGCUCUUGGGUUCCGUCAAAAGCUCCUUGGAAGUCGAUUCAAAGUAUGCGACUCUCUCUAUCAAGUCGCAAGCGUGCUUGAAAUAAGGGGUGAUCUUAGUUCCUCUAUUAAUUUACUAGAAGAAUCUGUGUCUAUCGCCGAAGCCAUUCCCGAAGCAAAAGGCUAUGAAGCUAGAGCUCAGUUCAGGUUGUCUCGGCUUUAUACGACGCUGGGCAAUGAAGAAAAGUCUCAACGAUUUGAGAUUGCGGCGAAGAAAGCUCACGGCGAGAUUUCUCACAAUAAUCUUGAGACCGAUUUAACGGAGAAAGAUUAUGAUAGCUUAGUACUUUGGAUGCUGUGGUGAAAGAAUCAGUGUGCUCAAUAGAAAUCUCAACCAUGAUUCACGCC